UCUUCUGCAAUGAGUAAACGUAAGGCAAAGGAGAGCAGUGGAGCAAAUGGAGAAUGCAUUUCACAGGUGCAAAAAAUUUUACGUGAAAGAUUCUGUCACAAUUAUGCUAAUGGAAAACUGUUUGGGAUUGAACAUCAGUACAGGCAUCUGCUGGAACUGCUGAAACGAACUACAGUUCAUGGAGAAAGCAAUUCUGCCCUCAUUAUUGGACCCCGAGGAUCAGGAAAGACUGCGUUAUUAAAUCAUGUCCUAAAGGAGCUCACGGAAAUGAAACAGGUUAGAGAGACCCUCUUGGAAGUUCAUCUGAAUGGGCUUCUGCAGACUAAUGAUAAAGUGGCCCUGAAGGAGAUCACCAGACAGUUGCACCUGGAAAACGUGGUUGGGGAUAAAGUUUUUGGCAGUUUUGCUGAAAAUCUUGCGUUCCUCCUCGAAGCUUUAAGGAAAGGAGACCGAACUAGCAGUUGUCCAGUCCUGUUUAUACUGGAUGAAUUCGACUUGUUUGUUCAUCACAAGAACCAGACGCUGCUCUACAAUCUCUUUGAUAUCUCCCAGUCAGCACAGACGCCAGUGACAGUCAUUGGACUCACAUGUAGGCAGGAUAUCCUGGAGCUCUUGGAGAAGAGGGUAAAAUCAAGGUUCUCUCACCGACAGAUAUAUCUGAUGAAUUCCUUUGAUUUCAAACAAUACAUUAAGAUAUUCAAGAAACAGCUUUCUCUGCCUGCUGAAUUUCCUGAUGAGUCUUUUGCACAAAAAUGGAAUAAUAAUGUUCAGCAUCUCUCAGAGGAUAAAACUGUGCAAGACAUGCUGCGGAACCUUUUUCACUACACCAAAGACCUGCGCUCCCUCCACUUGCUGUUGAUGCUUGCUCUAAGUAACGUUACGGUGCAUCACCCCCUUAUCACGGUGUCGGACCUUCACGAGGCAAGCAGGCAGUGCAGAACAGACUCAAAGGCAAAUAUCGUACAUGGUUUGUCUGUGCUGGAAAUCUGCCUAAUCAUAGCUAUGAAACACCUGAAUGAUGUUUAUGAAGGAGAACCAUUUAACUUCCAGAUGGUUUACAACGAAUUCCAGAAGUUCAUACAGCGGAAGGCGCCCUGUAUGUACAACUUCGAAAAGCCAGUUGUCAUGAAGGCGUUUGAACACUUACUGCAGCUGGAGCUGGUGAAGCCAAUAGAGAGACCGUCGGUGCGCGCGCAGAGGGAGUACCUCCUCAUGAAGCUGCUUUUGGACAACAACCAGAUCAUGGACGCGUUGCAGGCCUACCCCAACUGCCCGAUGGACAUCAAGCAGUGGGCAGCGUCGUCGCUCAGCUGGCUCUGA